GAAGGUAUACGUAUCGACUGUAGAGGAGCCUUCCCUUCCUCUUACCCUUACCCAUAUCCGUUUAAACCGUGCCUUUGCACUGGGACUGAGCAUCACACACCUUAUUCCAUGGCAGCUCUCCUCUCUCUAUCAACAACACUGCCUCCCUCCUCUUUCAAGGGAAGUUUUACGAAGUUGAGGCCAAGUCCAUGUCGGUUCCAAUCGCUCAAGCUAAACCUCAGGAGCAGAGAAAGGCGACCGUUAAUUGUGCUCAACCAGGCAGAUGCUUUUGUUGCACAGGCUCCUCUGUCCAGCGUUCGGUUCCGGCUUGACAAUCUGGGCCCGCAGCCGGGGUCGAGGAAGAAAGCGAAGAGAAAGGGAAGAGGUAUAGCGGCAGGGCAAGGAAACAGCUGCGGGUUCGGUAUGAGGGGUCAGAAAUCGAGGUCCGGGCCCGGAGUAAGGAAGGGGUUUGAGGGCGGCCAAAUGCCGCUUUAUCGGAGAAUUCCCAAGUUGAAGGGAAUUGCGGGAGGUAUGCAUGCUGGUUUACCUAAGUAUGUCCCGGUUAACUUAAAGGACAUAGAAGCCGCUGGGUUUCAAGAAGGAGAAGAGGUAUCUUUGGAGACAUUGAAGAAGAAGGGUUUAAUUAAUCCAUCAGGAAGAGAAAGGAAACUCCCUCUAAAGGUUCUAGGUGAUGGGGAAGUAAGAAUGAAGCUGAACAUAAAGGCCCGUGCCUUUUCAGUGGCAGCUAAGGAGAAACUUGAGGCUGCUGGCUGUUCCCUCACUGUGCUUCCUGGCCGAAAGAAAUGGGUAAAGCCAUCAGUUGCCAAGAACUUAGCACGUGCCGAAGAGUACUUUGCCAAGAAGAGAGCUGCUGCUGCUGCUGCUGAUGCAUCUGAACAAGCUUCUGCUUGAACCACCUGUCAGCAGCUGCAUCAGCAUUCCUCAAGAAAAUUGUAGAGUAGGAAUUGGCAGCAUCAUGCUGGGUGUUCAAAUCUUUUCCUUUUUUUUUUUUGACCUUUUUCCUUUUGGGUUUUUCCUCCUUCAGUUUUUUGAUGCUGUAGUUACAUUUUAUAUUUCUUCUAAGUGUAAUAAUAUUGUUCAUUCAUUGUGAAAUUGGUGAAAGUUAGCUAA